AUGCUACCUCAUUAUCAAUUACUCUUUGCUGCAGCAACGCUGCUGUUAACACGGCUCCCGACGAUCACGGCCGCUAUCAUUGUGACGGGAGUCCCAGUCGCCUCGACAGCACCGACCGUGCCACCCAGACAAAACAUUGUUGACCUUUAUGCCAAAGGUGGACCGCAAUGGGAUCUCUACAUCCAGGCGCUCGCAUCCAUGCAGGCUACAGAUAUGACGGACCCCGAAUCGUACUUUCAAAUUUCCGCAAUACACGGAGCGCCGGCCAUGGAAUAUGACAACACAGGACCAAGGAAAACAGGAGGGGGUUGGGGCGGCUACUGUCCACAUGGGGAGCUGCUUUUUCUCACAUGGCACAGACCGUAUGUGGUAUUAUUUGAGCAAGUACUCGUGAAACGUGCCAAAGAGAUCGCCAUGAAGUAUCCCGAAGAGCACCGUCCGACAUACAUCGAAGCGGCCGAUUCCCUCAGGUCGCCGUUCUGGGAUUGGGCUAUGGAUGGACGCGUGCCAGACAGUACUGUGCCGCAGACGCUGAAGAUUACUGUCGCCGAAAAUGGGAAACUGACAGCAAAGGACGUGGAAAAUCCGCUGAAAACUUUCAACAUUCCACAGGCAGUUGUAGACGGGCAAUUCGGAGAGUUCGAUUCGGAGCAUAGAAAUCGAGUAUACCGAUGCAACCAGGAGAAUAUGACCUAUCCGGAGACAGCCAACGAAUUCCUCCAGCGCGGCAAUUACAAAGCAAGAAUGGUCGCCCACGUUUUCGCACUUCUCUAG